UCUCUCUCCUCUCCUAUUUUCUUCUCGCCGGAGAUUCAAUCGGAAAAUUAACAAACCGUUUAUGGAUUGCCGGAGAUUCCUUUCAUCCGCCGUUAACAACCGAUCUCCGAUUUCUUUAUUCACUCCUUGGAUACGAUAUCUCCGGUUCAGUUUUUCCUGAUUUUUUCGUAUUCCUAAGAAGUUUAAACUCUUUCAGUAAAGCUGUCAUUUUUUUCCCAAAACCUGGAGGCGAAAUUUAAGCUUGAAUUAAGGAGAAGUGGUGGUGUGGCGCUUAAAAUGAUUUAAGUGCUUUUUAUGUCAACUUAAAAAUGGCUGCUUCUACUGAGUGUGACAAGCCCUCUACAUAAGAAAAUGUCUGGGAGGAAGGCUAAGACUUCUGGUUGGGCUGCAUUUGACCUUAAUGAGAGACUGAAGCAACAAGAUCGUGAGCCAGAGCCUGAAAGAGAAACCUUCCCUCACUUAUCCGUUCCUGCUACUUCAUUAAGUGGUCCAUCUCAAAGCAUUGGAGCAAUGUUAGAGAAGCCUUUUUCAUCCGUGCUGGUACCAUCUGUAAGUUUUCCGUCUUUAAUGGCUUAUAAAGGGUCUGAUGCAAAUCUUAUACAAGUUGGCAAUUCUCGUCUCAGCCAGAGUGAUGGCUUUACCAAAGAAAGAGAUUUUUUUGAGGUGUGUCAAAAGCUCAAGGAAUUCCAUCCAUGGGCUGAUGACACCUUGAUUGCGGAUGUCAUGGCUGGUGUAAAUGAUUUCAGUACGGCCUUAACAUUGUUGGAAGCAAUGGUAUCUCCUGAUAAUGGAUUUGAUAUUGACAAAUUCUUGACUCCAAAAGAAGCAGAUACUCCCUCCAUGCAAAAGCUUAAAGAAGUAGACACGGAUACUAAAGGAGUGAAGUCUAGUAAUAGGGAUUCUUUUACGACUACUAGUAAAUUUGCUGCUACAGACAGCGUGAAUCUAGACGAAUUGAGCGAUGCACUUGCUAAGUGUCUUCAGAGCAACAGUCGAGAACUAAUAAGCAACUGUGUUUCUCAUGAGAACAAACUUCAUUUUGAUGGAGCAGUGGGGAGUAUGACAUUUGUACCGGUUGAGCCUGAGUGGGAAGAGGAUGAUAUUUACUCGAUCCAUCGCAAGGACGCGAUGAAGAUGACAAGGUAGGUUUUACUUGCACUUGUCUAU